UGCUCUGGAAGGAGGAGCGGGGCUGAACUGGUGGGACGGGGCAGGUGCCGUUCUUGUUUCCAACAAUUCGGUCUUAAGUCGUAUUUCUAACCAUUUACCCGGGAAGGGAGAUCGCUCGUUUGUUCUAACGUUUGGUGGGAAGCAAAAGGGACCGUGUCCAAAUUAAUCAUAUUUGGCCCCCCCCCCCCGUAAAUGCGGUGAUGUUGAAGCCGUGGCCGCUGUGUGUUAUCCAACAGCUGCUCGCCUGGCUCAGGUUAUAUAAUGUCCUGAGAGGCGGGAGGGAGGAGGCCGCACUGACUGGCUGAGGGGGCGGGGACCGGCCGACCGAGCAAACGGCAUUGAACCCUGACUGCAGCCGCCACUCGGGCCCUUGACUCGCGGUUGUAGCCCCCUCCCCGGUGGGUGGGCUCGGCCCAGCCCGGGCCCCAUGGAGGCUCCGGCCGCUCGGACCGAGAUGCUGGAGCUGGCCGACGAGGCUUUCCGGGCGAUGAACUACGAGCUGGCGGCCGAUAUCUACGAGUGCCAGCUGCUGGAGCUGGGCCCCGAGCGGGCCCUCUACCUAGGCAAGGCCGAUGCUCUGGCCCGCUGCUGCCGCUUCACCGAGGCCUUCGAGGCCUACCGCAGCGCUGCGGACCUGGAUCGGCUCCGGCCCGACGACCUGGGCGACCUCCUGGACUGCAUCGCCGCCAGUGUCCGCCUGAAAGAGGCGCUGCCGCAGGCUGCGGGCCGGAUACGGCACGGAGGCCCCGAGGUGGAGGAGGCCGCCUCGGAACCUCUGAGUUGCCGAGUCUGCCUGGAGUUGCUGUUCGAGCCCGUGUCGCUGCCGUGCGGUCACACUUUCUGCCGGAGGUGUGUAAAGGAGGAGACGGUGACCGGCUGUAAGUUGUGCCGGCUGUCGCCGACAGUGCACCCCGGAGCCGCGGCCUCCUCGGCCAAGCGCGGACCCCAUCUCGGGCUUAAUGUGGUUCUGUGUAACUUGUUGGAGAAAUGGUUCCCGUCGGAGUGCCGCGCCCGGCGGCUACAGCAGGAGGCGGCGGAGCUGGCAGAGCGCGGGGAUUACACGGCGGCCCUAGGCCUGUGUGAACAGGCGCUGUCUCUCGUACCUCAUGACUACUUGGUGAGAUGUUAUCGUGCUGAGCUAUAUAUAACUACAGGAAAAUACAAAGAAGCACUUUGUGAUGGAGAUGUAGCAUGUGCACUUAAACCACUAAAGACAAAGGCGCAUUUUUGGAAAGCUCAAGCUCUGGUUAAAAUGGGCAGAACUGAAGAAGCUUUGAAGGAGUAUAUAUACUGCAUUGCUUUGAAACCAGACUGGAAUUCUGUAAGACUUGAAGCACAAAAGAUCUUGUGUGAUAUGUUUUCACCUGUUUUGGAGAAUAUGUCAGAUACUCUACCAACCAACAAGCGACCACAGUCAUCUUGUUUAAGACCUAAACCUACUUUUCUCAGCACUUUUAGUCCCGCAUCAGUUGCCAGAGAUGAUACAGUUGCUGCACCUUCUCAGGUUUUUUCAAAAAUGAACAAUAUUACAGCACAAGAACGAAAUACAUCAAGUCAAAUACUCUCAAAGUCCAAGGCUACACCAAGUGAAACAACUGUGCUUGUUGAAGCAGUUCCAUCUGGUUUUUGUAAUGGCAAUCAAAAGAGAAAGCUAUCAUGUGAGAUAGAUCUCUGUGAGAGCAACGAAACAACCAGCAAAAUGGCAAAAAAAGCAGAUGAACUUGCACCCUUGACAGUUGACAGUUUUAAAGCUUCACGAGAGAUUCCCAGUGAACUUGUGGAUCCAUUCGAUUUUGAAUGUUCUCUCUGUAUGAGGCUAUUCUAUGAACCUGUCACCACUUCAUGUGGGCACACCUUUUGUUUGAAGUGUCUGGAACGCUGUCUGGAUCAUAAUGCUAGCUGCCCACUCUGUAAAGAAAAUUUAGCCGAGUAUUUGGUAACCAGAGCUUUUAAUAAGACAUUCCUGACAGAGGAACUCAUUAUUCAAUACCUGCCUGAAGAAUUAAAUGACAGGAGGCGACUUCACGAGGAAGAAAUGAAGGAACUGUCUAACCUAACUGAAGAUGUUCCAAUUUUUGUCUGCACCAUGGGCUUCCCAACUAUUCCAUGCCCUCUUCAUGUUUUUGAACCACGUUAUCGACUGAUGAUUCGCAGGUGUAUGGAAACUGGUACCAAGCAAUUUGGAAUGUGCAUUGGAAAUGAGGCUAAAGGGUUUGCUGAUUAUGGCUGCAUGCUUGAAAUAAGGGAUGUAAAGUUUUUUCCUGAUGGUCGUUCUAUAGUUGAUACAAUUGGCAAGAGUCGAUUUAAAGUUUUAAGCCAUGGCCAAAGAGAUGGUUAUAAUACAGCCAACAUUGAAUAUCUCGAAGAUAAAAAGGUCGAAGGAGAAGAGUAUCGUGAACUAGUCUGUCUGUCUGACUCAGUAUAUGACCAAGCUUUCACUUGGUUCAGUUCCCUCCAGGACAACAUGAGAACUCAAAUUCUGAAUCAUUUUGGACCAAUGCCUGGCAAGGAGUCUAUACCUCAGUCAAGUCAAAAUGGUCCUGCGUGGUGCUGGUGGCUGUUAGCUGUGUUACCUUUAGAAAGUCGUGCUCAGCUAGCUGUUCUUUCAAUGACCUCACUCAAAGAUCGCCUUAUUGCAAUUCGCCGUGUAUUGGUAUUUGUAACCCGACAACGGCUUCGAUCACUGUGAUAUUUGACUUGAUGGGACUUUAAAGCUGCAUUCCAAAUAUUUUUGAAAAUUGUGUUUAAUCAGUAUUAUGUUUUUGAUCUAAUCGAUUUAUGAAAAACAAAGCCCAAUCAACCAGGUUUUUAAAAAAAAUUAUUCAAAUUGUAUAACGAAACUGGGUAGUGAGCCAUUCCUUUCAACGUAAUAAACCUGCAGUCAACAAGACGUACAUGCAAUGGUCUGAGAAACGUGGGUUGGAACUGUUCUUUCAUCCCAGAUGUAGUUGAAGGCAGAGAUAUUGAUUGAAAGGUAGUCUCUUUUAAACGUAGACUUCUCUGAAGUCAGUCCCCCCAGUAAUAGCAAGUUUGCAUAACGCAGCUGUCCAUAGUAAAAAGCAGCAGACCUGGAAUGUAAAACAAAGAUUUUAAAAAAAAAAGUGAAGUUCUGAGUAAAUGCUAUGUAUGUGGAACUGAGUGACUGGGACAAUUUGACCUGCUUGUACAAAGUGUUGAGAUUUGCAAUUUGAGAGUCCUGCCCAUUGUCUUAAUCGGAAUGUCUAGUAUUGCAUUCUGAUUUGAAUUUCAGUCAUUCUGUUCAAAUAUAAUGUUGAUGUACUGUGCAAAUGUUAUCAAACCACCAGUUCCACCUCUAGAAAUGAUGAAUACUUUGUUUAUGGAAUGGCAAAAAAAUUUGCUAGUAUUAAUGUUUGGGGUUAAUUAUAUCACAGCAAGCUGUAGGGAAAUGUGCUGCCUCGGAUUUGGGAGAGUUUGAUAUCAAAGUACUGGUGCCACAGGUUGAAAGCUUGUUGUUCAGUAGUGACAAUGGUUUGAAUUUUGCAACCUGUGGAUUGAAGGCUGUUGAACAAAGAUGGUUUUUGUUAGCCUCAAACAAAAAUCUCCAGCAAAACUUUUAGUACACCUCCUGUGUACAGUUGCUGAUAGUGUUAGCAAUUCCAAGACUGCAUCAGCAAGUUAUGCUACGUAAACAGCCAGAAAUGUUAAAGCAUUCACAGGCAGGCAACGAACCAACCUGCCAACCAGUCGAAAAAUACAAAGCUGUAACAAUCAAAUUAGUUUUUCUUAAAAGAAAGUGAGUGUUAACGAUUAGGACACUCAAGAUUGAAGCUGAAGCAGAAAAGGGAAUGCUUGGGAAAAUUUUCAUCCGAACAAUUGGUUUUGCUAAUUUAGUGAGGAAGGGAAUGGGAGUGGGGGAAAUACUGAAGUUGAACCACCUGUUUUCCACAACCGUGCCCCCCCCUUGAUUAUUGCAGUAUAUGAUUUCGCUGAUUGGCAUCAAUUUUACUGCAGUAAACUUGAUAUUGUGUUUUGUUAUAUUUUUCACUUGGAUUUGCAAUUGUUCUGUACCAUUGAGAAAGUGUUGUGUAUGUGAAUAUUAAUUGGCUUUACUCCUGUAUUUGAGCCCAACAGUUUGGCUUUUUUUGGUCUAACAAAUUGUUCAUUGCUUUUCUGCUAUCAAGUUUAUCUUUGCAUGGUUGAGCAUAUGAAGACACCAUUUUGGGGAAUUUGCUUGAUCACGCUAUUGAGAUGACCAUGUCUCUGAUAUUUUUCUUGCACUUGUAAUUGUUGAAUUGAUUCAUCUCUGGAAUGUUAUUUUUUGUUUUAUAAACACUUUAUCAUGUAUUCGUGUUCCUUUUGAGUUUUAUUCCUAAUGUGAACAGAAAAAUAAUUGUAAAUUUUAAUCUACUUAAUUGAUAUAAAAACAAAUGCAAAUAGCCAUUUCAUUUGGAAUUAACAUUUAAUUUCAAAGGACAAGGAUCUGAUUUCUGUUGCUCAUUAUACUGGAGAAGCUAUUUGAUUUAAGGGUGCAAUCUACCUUCCACAUUUGGUGCCAUUAUUGUAUGCAGAUAUCUUAUGAAUUUCUGUACUUUUUUUCUUCUGUUUUACAUUUUAAAAUUAUUCUCCAGCUCUUGGCCAUUUUUGUUAGUCUCUUUUGAGUUAAACCACAGUGAUUCUUUACACUUUAACUGUAGCAGGAAAGAAAUUGCUUUACUGGCUUUUCUCUCCUUUCUCUCUCUUUUCUUUUCAUUUUCCUCCUAAUCCUCUGUAUUUCUCUGGCACCUUCCUGGUGAUUUUCAGAUGGGGCUCUCCUCUGCGCUCUCUUUUCUCUUUCCUCCCCCAACCCCAAUUCAUUCCCUGUUUGAUAUUUUGGGAGUACUUAAUUUCAUAUCACUUUUAUAUGUUGUAAAACACUGGCAAUCAUUUUGAGAUGUUUUAUUUAAAUUUCCAGCAACCUCUGUCCAACAUAACAUGUUCUGAAAGGUAAUGAACAUUUUGGUUUGAGGUAAUUUGUGAUUUUUUUUAAAAAAAAAUCCAGUGUUACUGUGAAUUGUUAAACAGUAAUUAUGUUUUUAUUUCACGUGAAGAUUCUUCACUAGUUUGUAGUAUGAUUAAAUUUUUACAAUUUCAUAGGCAUUUUCAUAGAAAUGUCGCUUUAAAGCAGCAAGCUUCUUGUAUUUGUUCUAAAAUUUUAAAACCAAAAUGAGCAACAUAUAUAUAUUUGUUACAAGAAAAUGGCUCACAUGAACGUUUAUCCAGAUAAUGUCACCUGAGAUUUAAGUUUGUACUCGUCUUUGGUGUUCGUUCUGCUAUGUGUUCUAAAUUUAAAUAGACUAUAUCCUGAUGCAGAAUUUUGUUUUGUGCUGUUGUUAACACUUAAGAAUUUUCAAAUGUGGCUAUAUUAUCAUUACAAUUGCUGCCUGCCGAGCACUUUUUCAUUUUAUAAACGGCAGUAAUAUAUGCAAAAUAUCUGGUUUAGCACACUGAAACAUGGCAUCCAAAAUAAUUUACAAUGGUCAGAAGGAAUCUGGCAUUCAGUAUUUUAGCAAUGAAAAUAUGUCAACGCUAGGCCCAGACCAGUUUACACUUAUUAUAGUUGCACAUAUACUCCAACAUUGAACUUGAACUGGAAACUGAAUAAUUUUUUUAUUACCAUCAACAAUCUGCCAGACGUUUCUCAUUACAAUUUGUUGUAAGUGACUAGAGGCCUUUUAAACUAAGAUCCUUUUUAUUUACUUGUUAGAAUCUUUACACUGUGAGACAUGCUACAUGAAAUGUUUUGAAUCCGUAUCUUUUCUGUUUCAGAAAUGGAUAAAGCAAUAUGCUGCAAUCUCUUUUUUUGUCUGUGUAUAUAUGUAUGUAUUAUAUUAAAGUACAAAAUAUAUUUAUUUGGAUUAAAAACUUUCUGAAAUGA